AUGUCCGUCUCAAAGCUCCCUUUCCACGCUGACCACAUCGGCUCUCUGAUCCGACCAGAGUCGCUAUCGCGCACUCAACAGCAGGCCGAUGCUGGCGAGGUUUCAGCUGAUCAGCUCGUCGCCACGCAAAAGGCUGCUAUCGCCGAUAUCGUCAAGAAGCAACAGGAGCAUGGCGUUCGCGCUAUUUCCUCCGGCGAGUUCGAUCGCAAGUACUACUUCUCUGGCUUCUUUGAGCGUCUGGGUGGUUUCCGCGAGGUAGAGCCCGUUCCUUGGGAUGUCGUGCGCCUUUCUGCGCCGCCUAUCGCUGCGCUCAAGAAGGCCGGUAAGCAGUACCCCAUGGCUGCUCUCUGCGAGGGCAAGAUUGAGUACAAGCAGAGCCCUUACCUUGAGAACUGGAAGAUGCUUCGCGAGUGUGUUCCUAAGGAGCAGUGGGCUGAGUGCAAGUUCACCAUGCCUCCUCCUUGCUACUUCCACCUGCGACUUGCCUCUGGCAAGUGCUACACUCCUGAGGCUUACUCCAAUGACGAGGACUUCUUUGCGGACCUUGCCAAGGCUUACCGCCAGGAGUUCAAGACUCUGUACGAUGAGGGUGUUCGCAAUAUCCAGAUCGAUGACCCUACUCUCGCCUACUUCUGCUCCGAUGAGAUGCUUCAGUCUUUGAGGGAUGAGGGUGUUGAUCCUGAUAAGCUGUUCGACACAUACCUGAAGGCUCACAACGAUGCCAUCGCCGACCGACCUGAGGGUCUCCAUGUUGGUCUCCACGUCUGCAGAGGUAAGUCACCAGUCCGUAUCAUUUGGUCAAUCACUAACCAGUCAGGCAACUUCUCCAAGUCCAUGCACUUCAGCGAGGGUUCCUACGAAAAGAUCGCCGAGAAGUUCUUCACAACCCUCAACUACGACACCUUCUUCCUCGAGUACGACAACCCCCGCUCCGGCGGUUUCGAGCCCCUCCGCUUCCUCCCCAAGCACAAGAACGUCGUCCUCGGCGUCAUCACCACCAAGGAGCCCGAGCUCGAGGACGCCCAGGUCAUCAAGCACCGAGUCCUCGACGCCGCCAAGAUCAUCGCCGACGGCCAAGGCCGCAGCCUUGAGGAGGCUCUCGAGAACGUCGGCAUCAGCCCCCAGUGCGGCUUCGCUAGUGUCGCUGUUGGCGCUGAGGGUAUGACCGAGGCCAAGAUGUUUGACAAGCUCAAGCUUGUCAACGAUGUUGCCAAGGAGAUCUGGCCUGGAAAGGCUUAG